GUUACAGGCGUUUAUUCAGAGAGGAGGAGCAUGAGGCGGACCUGUAACUGUGUGCAUGUGUGUGUGAGUGUGUAAACGUCUGGAUGAGGCACACACUCAACUCUCAGUGACUGGGCAGCCGACUUCAGGAAGCCCAGGGAAAAAAAGUUCCAGGAUCUGGACACGCAGAUUUUUUUUUCUCCCGUAGUCUCAAAGGCAAGAGGAAGGACAACCAUUUUCUCUGAGAAGCUAAACAUCGCCAGCCAACAACCAUGACUUCUCAAAGUAGCUACGGCAGCAGCCUACUGUUCCAAACAAUGAACGACGACCUAAACGCGUCGCUAGCCAACGCGGAUGAGCUAGCUAGCCAGUUUGACUCCAUGCUGAGGGAUGCCUCCGGAUCCAAAGACAAGCAACGUGAAUAUAAGAUUCCCCAUUACAACAUCCCACCACUGUCUACCGCCUCCGACGUGCGGAGCAACUGGACUAACAUCAGCCCCACGUCCACGUCAACCCUCCGCUCAAUGGAUGUGACCACUACGAUUAAAAGCACGCCAACCUCCCCGGCACCCUCAGUCAGCCCGCUUUCCUCGCCCAGAAUCGCCCGAUCAACGUCGUCUCUGCCCCGAGGUGCUUCUGACGGGUACUCGUACCAGCAGAUUAGCCCCAAGCAUUCGCCACACAGCCCGAGACGAAGCUACGACCACAGUCCCCGCCGUUCGCCGGGCUACGCGGAAAGGAGUCCGUCCCCGGGUCACGCUCCUGCCUCGCACCUGCCGCUUCCCUCGCCCAACCGGCUCAGUCCCUUCGACGGUCGGAGGUCGCCUAGGCCCGACCGGGGCCCGUCGCCUUUGUCGUUUCAUCAUCCCGUGGCUGAAACGCUUCCACGGGCAUUUGCGUUCAGGCAAAGUGAUGAGGGUGUGCAGAGGCAAAAGAGUCCCAGCAAGUGGAACGAGACGGAUCUCGACAUGUCCUUUGAAAGCAAGCCUCACCACACCUACGACAAGAGUGAGUGGAUUAGAACAUCCGUGCCAAACAGCAACUGGAGGGAAUCCAACCUGGACGGCCCUCCUCCGGCCCCCGGCCCCAAAAAGAAUCAUCGUGCUCCACCUGUCCAGUUCCCCCAGGGCUCCUUGUCCAGAAACACUCGAGUGACAGUACUUCCAGAAGUGGCAUCUUCUAACCCGUCCCAUCAGUAUCACCAGCAGCCAAUCAUUUCGCGCAUUUCCAUUCCUCCCAUUGCCGCCCAGUCGCGCCAGCGUAGGCCCAUCCCACUCUCUGUCAUCAUGCGUCUUCAGAACCCCCAAUGGGGUGCCAUGUCCCCCAGGACUGGACCUCCUGGGGACCCUUGGGAGACUUCCUCCCAGCCUGCCACAUCCAGGAACUUCUUCAGCCAGGCUGCCAUGCAUCCGCCACCGGAGUUGAGACAACCGGCCAUUUACAGCGACGCACUAAACCCAGGUGACAUUGACGCAGAGCUAUCUCGACUAGACAUAGUUCACCACAUUGCACAGAUCCAAGAGGGCGAACCUAGCACCCCUCAGGGCCCUCCCCGACCUCUUAGCCCCACCCGGCUACAACCUGUGGUGGCUCCUGAAGCCCAGAGCCAGGAGAUCCCCGACCUGGAAGAGCUGCUACGCAUCCGUUCAGAGAUCCCUCGACCCCUGAAAAGGCGCGGCUCGGUGGAUCAGUCGCGACCCCUUCAGAGGGCGUCGCACUACGAGCCCAACCAGUACAAGAAGCUCAUCAACAAGCUCUUUCGGCGCAAGGAGCCCCGGCACAAGGGUGAGAGAGGCAGCGAACGGGGCAGCGAAACCAGCACCUCGUCGGAGGAAGAGGAAAUCGCUGCAGUUCCACUGCCACAACCCCCGCCGACAUCCACCCUUCACGACUUCAGAAACUACCAUUCCAUCCUGAGGGCUAGCCGGGACCGCAAAAGCUCCGGUAGACGAGCCCGCCUUAGCCCGCUGGUGCUAGCGCUGGACGGUGCACUUGUGGGAGAGCUGGAAACGGUUCAGCGUGCAGUACAGGAAAUGCCGGAUCCGAGCCAGUCCAACGAUGAGGGCAUCACGGCGCUCCACAACGCUAUCUGUGGUGGACAUUACAAUGUGGUGGACUUCCUGGUUCGCAUUGGCGCAAAUGUUAGUGCACCGGACAGCCACGGAUGGACUCCGCUACACUGUGCAGCCUCGUGCAACGACCGGCUUCUCUGCGAAUUCCUGGUGAGAAACGGAGCGGCCGUCAUGGCGAUAACUGAGAGUGACGGCGCCACGGCCGCGCAGAAAUGCGACCCGUACGCCGUCGGCUUUGAGGAGUGCGAGACCUUUCUGAGAGGCAGAGAGGAAGCGAUGGGAAUUGAGAACAGUGGCGUGUUGUACGCCCUGUGGAGUUACCCGGCUCAAGCUCCUGACGAACUGACCUUCCGAGAAGGGGACAUGGUCACCAUCCUACAGAAGCAUGAUGGCUCCGACUGGUGGUGGGCGUCACUAUGCGGCCGCGAGGGCUUCGUGCCUAACAACUACUUUGGGCUUUUUCCAAAGGUUCGACCAAAAUCUCUUUCUUAGCUGUGAAGAAUGUAUUUGAGUCUAGCGACGCAUGUAAUGUAGUAUCCGUGGUCUAUUUGCCAUCAGUCAAGGACAGUAGAAGGACGAGUCUCAGUAUUCUUUUUUUCUGUUUCACUUUCUGUUAGCUACUUUUAAAGGGUAUUACAACACCUGGGGAAAUGCUAAUAUUCCAUCAUUUAUCCAUAAACGCAUGCCUUAAUUACACACAUCGCAACACCAAGAAAAUUAUAGAAAUUUGUAUCGAUUGUCAAGCUAAACCGACCGGCGCCCGAGAUCCCGGAAAUCUAGCAUAUUGUGUGCGUGACGUCACAACAAGGAAACAACCGGCUCAGUGCUUAGUACUGAAUGGUGGCGAUGAUGGCGGACAAUUUUAUUUCUAGUUGCAGCGAUGAAGCCGACGUAACGAACGUUCUUCUAAUGGUGACGAGGAGAGUUAUGAACCUUUCUUUGGUGCCUAAUGAAAGGAUCAUUGAGGGUAGCAAUCACAGUGAAGAAACACCGGCAACAGAUCGUGUGGGAAACACCGAAUGUUUUGUUUUGCAUUUCUUUUUGUGAAGCUGAUACACCUUGACUGUAAAAUAAAGUAAUGUAUAGAAUAAUUAAUAUUUAUUGUGCUAUCAUUGGUUUUCGCUCUGCCAACAGACACAAAUAUGAAUGGGAUCAGAGGAUUUGUUCUAUAUAUUUUACGAGCGAUAAUUUAUACAUGUGUCCAGUCCUAUAUCCAAUGCGUGAUACAGUGCCUUGCAAAAGUAUUCGGCCCCCUUGAACCUUGCAACCUUUCGCCACAUUUCAGGCUUCAAACAUAAAGAUAUAA